GUACAUGGGUUGAGAUGCUCUAACCACUAACUUUUCCAAUGUGGAUCAAAAUUCCAACGGAAAGACCUGGGAUUUGAGCUGACUGCUCCUCCCCUUCCAACAUUUCUUCCCAAAACAGUCACAGUUUCUGAAUAUCUUCUUCUCCUUUCUCGAUUCCGCUUUCUGAUAUUAGAUCCGACCCUACUCCGUCGCCUCGGCUUGUUGGCUGCUGAUCUUGAGUCCGAUCUUCUGGGUCGCAGCCAUGCCAGUCGCAGCUUCUGCAAUAUACUUUAUAAAUCUCAGGGGCGACAUCCUAAUCAACCGCCUCUACCGCGAUGAUGUCGGGGGAAAUAUGGUAGAUGCCUUUCGUACUCACAUUAUGCAGACGAAGGAACUUGGCACGUGCCCUGUGAGACAAAUAGGAGGCUGCUCUUUCUUGUUUAUGAGAAUUAGUAAUGUCUAUAUAGUGAUUGUUGUCAGCAGCAAUGCUAAUGUCGCAUGUGCUUUCAAGUUCAUUGUUGAGGCAGUUACCUUAUUUAAAUCAUAUUUUGGUGGAGCUUUUGAUGAAGAUGCCAUCCGCAACAAUUUUGUCUUGAUCUAUGAACUUUUGGAUGAAAUAAUGGACUUCGGUUACCCUCAGAAUCUUUCGCCUGAAAUUUUGAAGCUCUACAUUACUCAAGAAGGUGUGCGUUCUCCAUUUUCAUCCAAGCCUGUUGAUAGGCCAGUCCCUAAUGCAACAUUACAAGUCACUGGUGCUGUUGGCUGGCGCAGGGAGGGUCUUUCAUACAAGAAGAACGAGGUGUUUCUGGAUAUUGUUGAAAGUGUCAAUCUUCUCAUGUCUUCUAAAGGUAGUGUUUUGCGUUGUGAUGUUACUGGAAAAAUCCUCCUGAAGUGUUUCCUUUCGGGGAUGCCCGAUCUGAAGUUGGGUUUAAACGAUAAAAUUGGCCUUGAGAAAGAGUCACAACUAAAAUCACGGCCAACCAAGAGUGGAAAGACUAUUGAGCUUGAUGAUGUCACUUUCCAUCAGUGUGUAAACUUGACAAGAUUCAACACAGAGAAGACAGUCAGCUUUGUCCCUCCUGAUGGUGAAUUCGAAUUGAUGAAAUAUCGCAUUACUGAAGGAGUAAAUCUUCCUUUCCGUGUCUUGCCAACUAUCAAUGAAUUAGGUCGGACACGUAUGGAAGUGAACGUAAAGGUUAAGAGUGUCUUUGGUGCUAAAAUGUUUGCACUUGGAGUUGUGAUUAAAAUUCCAGUACCAAAGCAAACGGCAAAAGCACAUUUUCAGGUGACAUCUGGGAGAGCAAAAUAUAAUCCUUCUAUUGACAGUUUAGUCUGGAAGAUAAGAAAAUUUCCUGGACAAACUGAGUCAACAUUGAGUGCUGAAGUAGAAUUGAUUUCAACUAUCGCGGAGAAGAAAUCAUGGACUCGGCCACCCAUUCAGAUGGAAUUUCAGGUUCCCAUGUUUACAGCAUCUGGAUUACGCGUUCGUUUUUUGAAGGUGUGGGAGAAAAGUGGCUAUAACACUGUUGAAUGGGUCCGUUACAUUACCAAAGCAGGCUCCUACGAGAUUCGGUGCUAGGAGGGGAGAUUACUAACUAGUGCUACCAAAAUUCUGUAUUAUUGUAGAAUUUGCAUCAUUCUUUGCUCUUGCAUCUACAAAAGAACUAUACAAUGUGGCAAGGCGUGAUUCCAUCGGUCUGACUUUAUCUUGCAAUCAAAUCGAUGCAACUUGUGGCGCCUUUGGAAGUAAGGCCUCUCAAUACUUUUAAAGGCUCUCUAUCUAUAUGUAUCAAGGGAUGAACAAAUGGUGCUAGUCAUUCUGUGUUGGACAUAUGGUGUGGAUUGCUGGUUUUUUCGUCUAUUUCUAUUUCUCUCUUUGUAAUUACUUCAUGGUUGCCCUUGCUUGAUUCUUGGGGAGACAUUGGGCACUGGGUUACCCGAUGUUUGUGAUUUAUUGUACUCGUAAUUCUUUUUAAUGUUGCAGAUACAGUUAUAUUCCCUUC